AUGUCUCAAGUACAGGGUCCUGGCCUGGCUGACCUCGAGAAGGAGCUGGGCUGCUCGAUCUGCACCGAACUCCUCUACCAGCCUCUCACCCUUUUGGACUGCUUGCAUACCUUUUGUGGCUCCUGCUUGAAAGAAUGGUUCUCCGCGCAAGGCUCACGCCGCCGUCCCUCCGGCACCGCACCCCGAUUUACAUGUCCAUCAUGCCGAGCCGAAGUUCGCGGCACUCGCCCUAAUGCUACGGUCACGACCUUGCUCGAUAUGGUAUUGUUGUCGCAACCGGACCGAGCAAGAACGACAGAAGAGAAAGUAGAGAUCGCCCAGCGAUACAAGCAUGGAGAGUCGGUCUUUCCUCAACCCCUGUCGGAAAAUGAAAGCUCCGAUGAUGAGGAUGAUCGGCGGGUGCUGGACGAGAUACGAGAGCUGAGUUUGCAGGAGAGUCGAUCUCAGGCGCGGAGAGAGGCUCGUCGAGCAGGACAUUCCGAUCACGCGCGCGAUCGGAGCAGCAACCCCGAGCGACGUGCGGAAGAUGGCCGAUCACGUCGACGGCGCGAUGAAGACCCAGAACGACAGCCGCGUUCAAGGCGCACUUCCGCGGAUGCUGAGCGCACUCGGCGUAUCGAGCAUCAGUCGAGUUUGCGGUCACUCCUCAGCUUGUCAUCGGAGGCGGAGAAUAUGGAGGAGGAAAUCAUGCGGCAGAUUAUUGAGGAAGGGCUGUUGGAUGAUAUCAACUUGGACAACCUCGGACCUUUGCAGGAGGAAGAACUGAGCGAGCGCAUUGCGGAUGCAUACCGUCGGAGACAUAUGCAACAACCGCGUUCCCGCCAUGGACAAGAACAGACACAGUCAUCCAAUACCAGCAGCCAUACCCGUCAAAGAUCUCAGUCGGCAGUAAGAUCUGGCGAGGGCGCCACAACGUCCCGAGAUCACAAUGACAGACGUCCGCCGAUUUCACGACCACACCUGCUUGAUUCAACGACAUCUCGACCAACCAGAAGCCAUCAGCGACGAAAUUCGGAACAAGCCAGUACUCAGCGGCGUACUUCUCCUGUCCGGGUCAACCAGGCAUCGACCUCGGAUGACACGCUACGACCAGCGACCCGAUCGGCCAGCGAUAUGACCUCCGAACGCACUCGCGGUGGUCAAUUGGGCCGACCAAGGACCGAAUCAUCGAGCAGAACUCGACGAGCAACAGAAUCCGAUCAAGGCAUCUCAGACGUGUGGAUGGGCGGAGGACGAGAGAGACCCUCGCGCAAUACCACCAGCCAAUCUGCAACCAACUCCCCUACGGCUGUCAACUCGCCAUCCAACUCCUCGCACACAUCCACACCCACAGACCGAGUGAUUCCGACACUGUCUUCGCCACUGGUCCCGCCCAGGAGCGAAAGGCGCCCUCGAUCAUCGCGAACGAAUGUAUCCUCGACCCAAAACACACCAUACGCUGAACCUUCUGUCUCCUGCAACUCCUGUGGGAAACGAAAUAUUCAAUACGAUCUACACAAGAGAUGCGUCAAGUGCAAUGACGGUAACUACCAUCUCUGCCUCCGAUGCUAUCGAAAUGGUGAAGGUUGUCCUCACUGGAGCGGCUUCAGCAAGAGUUCGCAAGCAGCUUUCGAACUGAUACUCGCAUCCUCGAAUAACCGACCAGCACAAAUUUCUGAUGCAGGUCACCUUUUCACCUCUCUUAAGUACGAACGAGCUCGAGAAUCCGCACAGGUGGCAAAGAACGGAGACCGACAAUUCACAAAUGAUAAUCCUGCACGUCGACUGCAGACGGGGCUCUUUUGUGAUAUUUGCUUCUCAUCGGCAAAUGAGUGUUACUGGAAAUGCAGCGAGUGCAAUGAAGGCGAAUGGGGUUUUUGCAACCAUUGCGUGAACCAGGGCCGAUGCUGUACCCAUCCAUUGCUACCUAUUCGACGCUUUUCAGGUAGUUCCGCUUCGUCUGCAGCUGCCACGCCUGCCGAGGGUGCGAGUCACGUUCCAACCCAACCUAAUACGGAGAGCUUCAAGAUUCUCUCAUUCUCCACCAACUGUGAUAUCUGUACCUACCCAAUCCCGGCUUCGGUGACGAGAUUCCAUUGCGCGCAAUGCAACGACGGAGACUAUGACGUUUGCACGAAUUGCUACCUCAAACUUGUCGCAACUUCAAAGAUUAGCAAGGACAAUGGCCACAAUGGGUGGCGCCGCUGUCUUGCUGGUCACCGGAUGAUCGUGGUUGGAUUCGAAGACCGAGAAGAUGGCCAACGACGCUCGAUUGUCAAGGACCUUGUUGGUGGUCAUGCCUUGAAGGACGAGCAUGUGAAUCGUUCGCCCUCAUCAUCCCCAGCCAUAAAUGGGCCAAUCGCAUCUCCUGAAUUGGGCAAUGGUGAUUGGAGCUGGAGAGAAGGUCAGGGUCAGGAGCGCCGAAAGAAGGCUUCUCGCCAGAGAGGUCCGAUUACUUCUCCAUUUUCUUCUUCGGAUCCCACGGGCUCCAAUACAGGCACUCCUACCUCGCCAUACCCCGCGCCACUCCGCCGGUUCCCUCCAAAUGGCGGCGUCGGCCUGGUCGUUUAUGCCCUAUGGUCCUGGUACCCUGAAGACGAGGUUGUGGAUGAGCUGGUCUUCCCCCGCGGUGCUGAUAUCAAAGAAGUGGAGAAUAUCAAUGAUGAUUGGUAUUGGGGUUGCUAUGCUGGUCGCACCGGACUGUUUCCGGGCUCGCAUGUCAAAGUUAUCAAGGAGAUUUCUUGA